AAUAUAGAAGAAGAGAGCUGUGUUUUAAGAGUGAAAAACUGACGGGAGAAGAGAAGAAAAGGGGAGGAAGAAGAAGAGAAAAGAGGGAAAGAUAAGGGAAGGAGAAGAGAGUUGAGAAAAUAAGUUUAAAGGUAAGAUUAUGUAUAAAUGUGUGUUCUUUAAGCUUUAAACUUCUGUUUUGAUAAAUAUUAGGGUUUUGAAGAUUGUGUUUUGGGUUUGAUUGAUGAAUUAAUUUGAAUGUUAUGGGUUGAUUGUGGUGGGUAAUGAGUUGAUUAGUUAAUUUUGAGAUAUUGUAGGUAAAGAUGAUGAUUUUGAGUUAUGAUUUUGUUGAAUGGUGAAUUUGUGUUAGAAAUCAGGAGAUAACAGUAGGUAAUCUGUGAAAAUUCUGGGUUUGAGGUUGAAGAUGACAAAAUUUCGGUUUGGUCCGUCAAUUUGUGAAAAUUACAGUUUAGUCCCUAAACUUUGGAAAAAUUAUAAUUUGACCCCUAAAUGUAUUUUGAGUUUCUGGACAGUGUUAUUAUGAGAUUAAGGAUGAUUAAUCUCAGUUUGAUAAUUGAUUUGGAAUAUUUUCAGUUUGGUCCCUCAAUUUUGGGAAUUUACAUUUUAGCCCCCAAACUUAUGAAGAUUACAAUUCGGUCCCUGGUUUGUUCUAGACCGAAUUUAGGAUGGGUUAUGGGUGAAAAUUCAGUAUGGUUACGUAUUUACAGUUUGGUCCUCCAAUUCUGGUAAAAUUAUGUUUUGGUCCCUGUUUUGGAAAAUUGUCAUUUUAGUCCAUAAACUUAGGAGACUAAACCUGGUUUUAUUUUAUGCAUUGGGAUCUUUUGUUUGAGUUGUUUUUUAGUAUAUUUCAUAUAUUGUUGUAGGUUCUCCUAACGAUCCUCAAUAGGAUUUCGGGACUUUCGUCUGACAUUCCUUUUAGUUCUAUAUUUUUCGGGUUCUUAGUUUCUGAUAGCAGGUGGACUUUGUUGAGUGUUCCUGUUUUUUCAGUUUUGGUCGGUAUGCCUUGCUUGUUUUGGGAGGCUUUCCUUUUAGUUUUGAUUCGAUGUCUUAGAUGCUCCACUAUUACUUUGUUUCAAUUAAGUUUGGAUUUUAACAAUGUAGUGAGUAUUAUGAAUUAUUGUCUUUGUUUUAUCAGUUUUGAAUAAUAUAAUAUUUUUGAAGAUUAUAAAAUGUUGUGUAUUUUUGAAUAACUUAUUCUUUUGAUAUGUCCGUUCUGAGGCUUAACAUAGGUGGGAUGUCCUUUCGAUACCGCUCCUGUGUUGCCGGUCAUGAACCCGGGAUUUGGGUCGUGUCAUGAUAUAUGAAAUGGGAUGCGGUGAAAUGGCAUGCAGGAAUGAUAGUUUGAUCUUUCCUGCCAUGGAAGCUGCGAAGAAAGCUGAUGCCACUUUGUUAUUGAUGGGCUUGGAUUUAUCGAUUGAGGCUGAGAAUUUGGAUAGGGUGGAUCUCCUUCUCCCAGGAUACCAAACUCAAUUGAUAAACCAAGUUGCUCAAGUCUCUAGAGGUCCAGUGAUUCUGAUAAUCAUGUCAGCAGGUGGGGUUUAUAUCUCUUUUGCAAGGGAUAAUGAUAAGAUUCAAGCUAUCUUAUGGGUUGGACAUCCUGGACAAGAAGGAGGUCGAGGCAUUGCCGAUGUUGUUUUUGGAAAAUAUAAUCCCGGAGGGAGACUACCACUCACAUGGUAUGAGAGUAGCUAUGUUGAUAUGUUACCUAUGACAUCAAUGCCACUGCGACCUGUUGACAGCUUCGGUUAUCCUGGAAGAACAUAUAAAUUCUACAAUGGCUCAACAGUUUAUCCAUUUGGAUAUGGACUCAGCUACACAGAGUUCAGGAACGAGCUAGCAUCCCCAGCUGAAGCCUAUCUUGAAAUCAAAUUGAACAAGUAUCAGCAAUUAAUGCCAUGACUUGAACUACACCAGUGAAGGCUACAGGCAAAGUUGUCCUGCUGUUUUUGUUGAUGAUUUAUGAGGUGACAGUCCAAAACGUAGGGGAUAAGGACGGCAGUGAAGUGGUCAUGGUUUACUCAAAACCUCCAGAUGGUGUUAGUGGGGCUCAUGCCAAGCAAGUCAUUGGACUUGAGAGGGUGUUUGCGGCAGCAGGUAAGAGAGCAACAAGGUGAGAUUUUCUUUUAAUGCUUGCAAGAGCCUGGCAAUUGUAGAUACUACAGGUUACAAGGUUUUUCCAUCUGGUGUGCAUAAAAUCACGGUGGGAGAUGGUGGCCUUUUUUUUUUCGUCAGAGUGAGCUUCAACCACUAGCAGGUUGAUGUUUCUCCUAGGAUCGAGUUGGAGAUUAGGGUUUUUUUUUCUUUCUAGAUGUCAGUUUUCAGCUAAGUUGUUUCUUGUUAGGGCUUCUUUGUCAUGAAAGUAGGUUUUGUUUGCAGGAAUUCAUCUUCAAAUCCAGUGCUUCGAUAUUUCCUUGUAAUCUCAAUCAAAUUUAGUCUUCACAUUUUCUCUUUGCAAAUGAUUAUAUUUUGUUGUGUGAUCAUCACACAUGACAUAA